UCCCCUCCAUUCCUCUUUUGCGCAAAAGCAACUUUUGGCAUUUUGGAGGGGAAGCCUAGUGGAUCGAUCAUUCAUCCAUCCACUGCCCUGCUGCAGCAAGUCAGUCGUCGUCGCCCAACAACCCCAAAAAUCAAUCACAAUGAGGAUUGGUUGUCUUCAGUUUGCGCCACAGGUUGGCGAUGUCGACAACAACCUUAACCGCGCCGACUCGGUUCUCAACCGCGCGGAUCCCCGUGACCUCGAUGACCUUGACCUACUGGUGCUUCCCGAAAUGGCCUUUAGUGGGUACAAUUUCAAGUCGCUUCAGGAGAUCAAGCCUUUCCUCGAGCCGCAGGGCUCAGGUAUAUCGGCACUUUGGGCCAGGACUACGGCGCUCAAGUACGACUGCAAAGUCGCUGUGGGCUACCCGGAAAUAGUCAACAGCACCACCGACUGGACGCCCACGUCGCAGUACUUCAACUCAUUGCUCUUGGUCAAUGAGGAGGGCGAGACCCUGGCAAACUACAGGAAGCAGCACCUCUACUACACCGACGAGACGUGGUGCGCAGAGGGUACCGGAGGCUUCUUCCAGGGUGAGGUGGAUGGCAUCGGUCAGACUGCCAUGGGAAUAUGCAUGGAUAUCAACCCCUACAAAUUCGAAGCACCAUGGCAUCAGUUCGAGUUCGCAUUCCAUAUCCUCGAGUCGCACGCCAACGUCGUCAUCAUCUCCAUGGCCUGGAGCACGCUCGAGGGCCGUGCUGCCUUCUGCAGCAAGCCAUACGAGCCCGACAUGGAGACUCUUGAGUAUUGGGCCAAACGUAUGGAGCCCCUGAUCCGCGCCGAGAGAGAGGACGAGAUUAUCCUCAUAUUCGCCAACCGUUGCGGUAUCGAGCGAGACGCCCUGUAUGCCGGCACCAGCGCCGUCAUGGGCAUUCAGAACGGCGAGGUGAACGUCUACGGCGUCCUCGGCCGCGGUACUAAGCACCUCCUCGUCGUCGAUACGGACAACGGCCCAUUUGCGAAGCUGGUCAGCCGCCCGGGUAGGGACACGGCCGAGGGCGAGUGGGACGGCACUACGACCGACGCCGAAGUACAGGCUGGCGACUCGCGCUCCCCCGCUGACGACGACCUAGACAACUUCUUGGACCUGAACAAGAUCAUCGAUCCCGUUAACUAUCGGCCCUCGGCACCAGUGCAGGUGACUGCGGUCGAAUGCGCCCUGUAUGCUUGUGUGCCUGAGGUUCCCGAGGAGGCUGAAGAAGCCGAAGGACCUGCUAAGGCGGAAAGUGCGGAGCCUGCAAAACCGACCGAGCCACUUGAGAAGCCGACCAAUGACGAAAUAGCCGACUGGGCAAUGGACAUCGAUGGAAAGGAGCCGACUCCAAGCGAGCCCGCCGAGUCGUUCGUCGACUUGCCGCGCGCUGACAGUCCCAUACUGUCCCCAGUGCGACCGCGACUGACUAUAUCGACGGCAACUUCGCCAGCAACUCCGGUAAAGAACCCGCAUGCCUCGGACUCUAGCGCUUUUCCGGCAGCGCCGCCACACGACCUCGAUACACCUCCACCCACUGGCGAGUUUCCCGAUCAGGAGUACCUAGCGGCAGCAGCUCAGGUGGACCAGCUGUUGUUCAGCGCGACGGCUUUGCACACGCCAGAAGAACCAGACUGGCCGCUCCCCGACCCCUCACGGUCGCGAUCUCAGUCGCCUUUACGAUCCCAAUCGCCUCUGGACCUCAAGCCGCUGCCGCUGCCUCCUCCUCUCGAAGGCAACAAGCCGUUGCCGCUGCGACCCCAGGAAAGGAUGUCCCCGGUAAAGAGUACAUUCAGAUCAUCGCCGGUGAAGAACGAGUUCACAAUUCCGUUGCCGAUUUCGCCUCCUCCCGCGCCCGAAGAUAUUCCCCUGCCAGAGGAGCACUUGCAGGAUGUCCAAGGUGUGUCGCAGGUAGAGGUGCAGUCGCCCCUGACGGCCAUACCAGCACCGGAGUUGAUAUCGGCCAUUACGCGUGAGAUGCCGCUCGUGCUGCCACGGCACAUCGGCUCAGAAUAUCGGCCGAGAGAUAGCGGAAUAUCGGAGCCGUCGAUGACUAUCGAGGUCGAGAGUCGCAACAAGGAAACGGUCGUGGUGCAUCUGCGAGACCAGACGCCUUCUCCAUCGCCUCCACGCUCCGUUACCAUAACCUUUAGUAUCGGAACCGCGUUGUGACUCGGUGAGAAAGAUGUUUCCUGUUUAUGAUGAUGUAUGAUUCCCUUCUUUUUUUUCCGUUUGGAGGAACUUUUGGAGCAAGCCUCUCCUUCUUUUUGUUCCCUGCUUCUUUUUUCCUAAUUUCUUUUCUUUUGUUGGUCCCAUCUCCUGAAAUCGACUUUCCUCGUGAGGCUUGGGUUUUUCCUUGAUGACAUUGUAGGAUCGCUUGCGCUCCAUCUUUUCCUCAUGACCAUCUGCUGUACAUCCUUGGCGAUAUCAGGCCAGUCAUUACUUCCCUUAUUUCAUAUGUAAUAUCUCUAAUUCUUUUUUUAAAAAAAGAGUCUUCUUUCUUUUGCUUCUUUUUUUC